AUGUCUAACCUCGACCCCAACGCACCCUCACAACCGACACAACAAGCCGGCCUGAACCAAGCUAGAAACCCAGCCUCCAAGACUUCGACCGAAGAAUCAACUUCCCACGACACGUCCAGCUCGAACGACCAGAUCAUCGACCACCGCAAGGCGCACGAUGUCCCCUCGCAGCACGGUGAAGCCGCGCACCCUGGCGCUCGAGGGUCGGGUGCUCGUGGUCCGCUGACCGAGAACUUGAUCCCCGAGUCGGAUUCGCAGAACUACUCUAAAAACAGCGAGCUGGAGGGCGAGCAGAUGCGCAUGGCCGGCGAGGGGGAUGUCGCGCAGGCUGUUCGCCAGGGUGGCGGUGGUGGACAUGCAGGCGAGGAGAGUCUCACAUCCGAGAUGGACAGGAAGACGGCGGAGCAUGAGGCGGAAUUGCACAAGCGUGGAGAGCGCACGGGCAAGGAGAUCGAAGAGGAGGAGAAGGAGGAUUGGACGGGGAAGAAGGCGGAUGUUGCGAGCGCACUGGGUGGUGGGAGAGAGACAAUCGACGAGGGCGAUCGGCCAAAGGUUGUUCUUGCGCCAGAGGAGUAA